AUGCUAGAAUGCACAACCACUGCUGGCCAAGUUGGAUAUCAAGGUGUUGUGAAAGUCUCCUUCGAUGGAGCCAUGAGAACCUCAGCAGAUCUGUACACGUACACUGAGAAUCCCACCAUUACUGAGGAAUGUCAAGGUGAAUCUGCAUCAGAGAUGCGGUGCCCGUCUCCUAACAUAACAGACCUCGACAUGAGCAAUGAAAACUUGACCUUUGGCUUCAUCAUGGAUGGGGUCACUCAACUGUUGACAUGGUCUGAGGAUAACGAUGCCGACUUGGAGUAUUUUGAGGAUCCACUGUAUAACAAAUUUGAAGGUGGUAUGAAGGAAAAAGAAGGAGAAACCUUGAAUAUCACGGGCGAGCGGAUUGACAGCGCCAUCUCAGAGGGAGAAAUCAUCGUGAAGAUCGGCGUAGAGAGAUGUCCCGUUAGCCUGAUCACUGAUUCAGCACUCGUAUGUGAAUUGCCCGAGGAGGCACCAGCAGCCGAUGACUACAUGGGAGGAGAUACCGGGAAAGGUCUGCCUGUGGUAUGGGUUCGCCACAAUAACUUGAAAUUCAGGUUGGGCUAUUUGGUCUAUCCCAGUACGGUGCCACUUGUCGCUAUACUUGUACCGAGUUUGGUCAUUCCACUCUCCAUGGCAAUACUGCUCGCUGCUACCUUUGUGUAUUGCAAACAAUUGCAAAGGAAGCGCACCCACGACCGAAGACUAUUGGGCAGGAUAGUGGCGAUUCAUCUCGAAGUUGACUCCCACGUCAAAAGACGCAGGUGGUAUAGAUCCCAGAAACAGUCGGAAUCUGCUCAGCCAAAACAAAAGCGCAUUGUCCUGAACAACAAGGUCAGCUUCGUUCCCGACGACGUUCACAUCGACUUCAGCCAACUGGAAUUGGGAGAGACUCUCGGACAAGGUGCAUUUGGGCGUGUACUGAAAGCUGUUCUACACGAUACGUCAGGGGAAGAUCAAAUUGUGGCCGUAAAGACAGUGCAAGACACCUCGGACCCGAAAAAUGUGGUGAAGUUCCUGGAGGAAGGCCUGAUCAUGAAAACCUUCGACCAUGUCAACGUGCUGGGGCUUCUGGGGUUGACCUUUGACGCGGUCAAAAACCCCUUGGUGGUGAUACCCUUCAUGGCCAACGGUGACCUCAAGACAUAUCUGGUCAAGAAGAAACAGACCUUGGCGACAUCUCUGCUGAUGAGGUUUGCCUCACAUGCCGCACUCGGUAUGAGUUACUUGGCUCAGCACAAGUUUGUCCACAGAGAUCUUGCGGCCAGAAAUUGCAUGGUGAACAGUGAUCUUCUGGUGAAGAUAGCGGAUUUUGGACUAUCCCGUGACAUGCACGAAUCGGAUUACUACACAAGCGGCGAUGCCCAGGCUAAGCUGCCUAUCAAAUGGAUGGCUCCCGAGUCCAUGGAACGUCGAGUGUACAACGCCAGGACUGACGUGUGGUCAUACGGUGUGCUCCUGUGGGAGAUUUUCAGUAAGGGUGCAAAACCGUAUCCAGGAAUUCCCAACCAAGAUGUGUAUGAUUUCUUGAAGAGAGGUCAACGCAUGGAUGCUCCCAAGAACUGCCCGCCAGAAAUCUACGGCAUAAUGGUACGUUGCUGGCAGGACAACCCCAAGUCACGUUGCACCUUCGUCCAAGUUGCCAACGAGCUGGAAGAACUGUUGGAGGGAGACCGUGACUACGUAGCAGCUCCUAGUGCGCGUGUGGUUGGUAAGCGACCCAUCAAACAUCGCGAAGAACCUGGUGUCACAGACGACAGCUAUCUGGUCCCGAUGCAGCAGGAGACUGCCUUUGGUGUUGACGGCCCGUGUAGUGACGGAGAAACCAGCGGGAGCCAUGCGACCGCCGCCCAUGAUCCCUUGGAUUAUGUCAAUAAAAUUGUCAUUAGAUAA